AACCUUACUUUUAAAAGCACUUAUCUAUAAAAUAAAUAUAGUGGUACUUUGAGAUGAGAGUUAAAUUAGUUUCGUUACAUUGCUCGCAUGUCAAAUUUCUCGUAUCUCAAACUCAAAGCAAUUUUCUCAAGUGAAGCAGAAAAAUUUGGAAAUCAAAUCAUGGCUGAAGAAGCAGUAGAAAGUGCUGACUUUUGUGCAGAAAAUAUAACAGAGGAGGAUAUUGUCAGUCAGGCCGAUAAGGAGACAGAAAAUAUAACAGAGGAGGAUAUAGUCAGUCUAGCCAACAAGGAGACAGGUGAAUUUGAGAUUGACUUCUGCUUUGAAGGUGGUUUGCACAAUACGAAUUGGGAGACAUGUACAAAGAACUCUGGUCACACGGAUUUCUUCCCUAUUGACGAGUUCACCAUUGAUAAACUGCCUGACAAUGUCAGGGAUAAGGACACAUAUGGGCUGAUCAAAGCUCUAAGUGAACUAACUGUUCACAUAACUGUAGGUUAUGCUAGCCCUGACAGGCCAUCUAAAGUUAAUGAUAAGGAUUACCCAUGUUUUAGUGCAAAGAAUAGGUGGACCCCACGAUAUGGAAGUGGGCGUGUUUGGGGGGCUGAGAAAGUAGAAAAUGAACCUUGUCAAUGUAGUGAUUGUAAAACAUCAGAUAACCCAAUUAAGCAGUGGGCUAAAAUUAGCAUCUUGACUGCAAUGCAUGUAAUAUUUGAUCAAAGCGAGGCUGAAAAGUCAAAAUUUAAACUUGGAUUCAACAAAGAUGGAGACAACUAUAAAACACUUGAAGGAUAUAAGGCGUUCAAAUGUGAUUUGAAGGAAGACAUGUGUUAUUUAUAUAGUGCUUCACAUCGCGUUGAUCUGGUUGAUGAGUUAAAGAAACAUCUAGAAGAGUUUGAAGAAAAAUGCAGAGUUGUAAAUGCCAAGUACAAGAAAACUGACAACGUCAAGCUGACCGCGAUUGUCUCCCACCCUCAUGGCUACUUCAAGCGAGUGACAGUUGGAAACUGGGAGGUCCAAGAACCACAGAAAAACAAAAGCACCAGGUAUGAAUACACCACAGCUACCUGUAAGGGGAGCAGUGGCGCACCUGUCUUUGUGUUUGGUAAAGAGAAGGGAUGGUGGCUGACCCAUCACCACAGUGGAUGUGAUAAAAACACCAAAUUUAACUACAGUGGUAUAAUCUGGCUCUAACCCUUACUCAGAUGUUAGGGACACUAAUGAAAUCUCAGGCUUUAGAAUUAGCCUUCAAGGUCAGUUUAUUGUCAUUAGAUAAUUAAUUGGCUUAAUAUGUAACUUAGUAUAGCAUUUUGCUGUGUGCUCUAAAUACUUUUUUACAUUGAGAUUAUUAUAGUUAAAAACAAAUAUAAUGUGUACAAAAAUGUGUGUGGUUUUAGAAUAUUGUAAUGUUAACUAUUUUAGAGGUAGCUGUAUUAAUCCAUUUCAUAAAUUAACUAUUUUCUAUUUAAAAUAAUUUUUUGUGUAGUUUGAAAACUCUAUUUAACUUGAAAUAUAUUAUACAAAACAUUUAGUAAAGAAACUGUUCAAUUACAUUUGCUUCCCUUUGCUUCCAUUUUUCACUUAAUAAACAUUUUAACCUUGACGCCUUGUACUAUGGCAUGGUGAAUAUUUUAUUUACAUUUAUAACGCACAAAU